CUCCACGUCUUGAUGUCGCUCUUGCCGUAGCUCGCAUCAUGGAUACCUUCCUACGGCUAAGACCUCCGCUGGCAUCUCAUACAGGCGAAGUGCCGUUCUUGAGAGUCUCUUCAGAUAAGCCAGAGACCACAGUGACGCUGCAAACGCCGCUCAGUCAUUCUCGCAGUCGCGCUUCAAAUGAUGCUCAAGUAUUACAAUUUUCACGCGUCUUGCAAGAUACUUGCACACAAGCUGAUGUCUUUCUCACUGCCAUACUACCAAAAGUACUUGCUUUCGUUCAGGAUGGCACAGAUGGACUUGUCUUUGCCAUGGGCGUGACGGGUUCUGGCAAGUCUUAUACGAUGUUUGGAGACGAUGGCAUAGCUGGUAUUGUGCAAAUGACGAUAUGGGCACUACUCAAACUCACACGUUCUCUUUCUGACGACAUACCCGCAGGAGGCGAGGCUUUGGUGGACAGAUUGGAAGCGAUUCAGAAAAAUACCCUUGUGCAUGGCGCAAUCACCAUGACUUUGGCAGAACUCUACAAUGAAAAGUUCUGGGACUUGUUACAUCCGGGUACAGCACCUCUAUCCCUUAAGCGCUCAAGGCAUGCAGGUGUUGAGGCUUGUCAAAUCGCAGGCCUAGACCACCUUCCCAUCAGAUCAACAAGCGAGACGUGCCAUACAGUACAACAAGCAUGUCUGAAUAGAAGAGAAUACGCAACACAAGCAAACAACACCAGUUCUCGCUCUCAUGCAAUCUUGACAUUCCACCUGAAUGGCCAUGCAUUGACGCUGGUGGAUCUGGCUGGUUCUGAGAGACAAAAACAAGCCGGGACACACGGUGCGCGACUAGGCGAAGCUGGACGCAUCAAUCUGUCACUCAUGGCAGUGGGACAAUGUCUCGAAGCACUGAAGGUACCAGGAGAAGGUCGGUUUCCAGCCCGUCAAUCAAAGUUGACUGAAUUGCUGUUUGAUGGGCGGUUCUGGUCCAGCAGCUCUACUGCUAUCAAAAAGGUGGCGAUGUUGAUGUGUAUCGAUCCAACACGCUUUUAUGAUGAAAAUGUACAAAUGCUCAAGUAUGCAACAGAUGCCAAUCAAGUUCGAGCGAACAGUCGUCUUGGCAGGCCCAAGCUGAGCAAUCAUGCCAUUCAAGGAAAGGAACUUGAAUUAGUCGAACGACUUUGCAGAUCUACUUCACAACAAGAGUCGACCCGCUCGCGAGGUCAAAGUUCUUUUGAGAUUCGGCAAGAUAGCGACGGCGAGGAAGUUGAUCAGACGUUGGACUAUUGGCGUGACCUCGCCACUCACCUGCUUGCUGAACGAGUCACAGUAGAAAAUCAGAUUCGUGAGGAGCUCAUGGACGAGGCAGAGCGAAUGAUGGCAGCGAUGGAAAGGAGGCAUAGGCAGGAGCUUGCCGAGCUGAGAGACAUGUACGAGAAGCAGAUGGAUGCCAAGGUGGAUCUGCUUGAGGCGAGUACAGCAUCGCUUACGUUGCAACCAGUACAAAUCAACACGCUCGACAUGAAAGGCGAGCAUCGAAUCAAGAGAUAGAUAGUUAUGCUAUACGAGAAAAAGAAUCAUUCCAGC